AUGAGAAUAAGAAAAUCAUGGUGCACAUUAUGUCGUGAGAAUUUUGAAGAAGGAGACGAGUGUAUGCAAUGCAAACAAUGUAAAAAAAAAUUUCAUCGAGAAUGUUUACAAGCAGAAAAUUUAAUAGAUAAUAAUCAAUUAAAAGAUAUAAAAAAUUAUAUAUGCUAUCAUUGUAUGAAUGAAGAAAAUGAUAUUCCAGAAAAUGAAGAAAGAUGUAAAAUAUGUAGAGAAAAGUCGUCAAACCUUGUUUUAUUACUAUGCGAUGGAUGUCCUAAUAGUUAUCAUGUUACUUGUUUAGGUUUACAGUCAGAGCCAACAACAGAAAAAUGGUUUUGUCCUGUAUGUAAACCUGAAGAACAUAAAAAUUUAGAUGUUAGAAGGAUGCGAAAAGGUUUUAUAAUUGAUAAUAUGAAUGGAGAGCAUGUGAAUUCAUCUACAUGCUAUGUUUGUCAGAGGCAUGGAAAAUUAUUAGGUUGCGAUUUUUGCCCUAAUUCUUUUCAUCCAACAUGUUUACCUGACUUAGAUUUUGAUAAUAUCUCAGAUCAAUGGGAAUGUCCAUGUUGUAAAAAUGAAGAUCCUUUAUUGAAUCAAGGACAUAAAAGAUGGACAAAGAAUGAAAUUCAAGAAAUUAUGAAAAAAAGACAAAGGGAAUUAAGUUUUUGGAGAUCAAAAAUUAUAAAAUAUAGAAAUAGAUUUUUAUUAGCUCAUAGAAAGGAUUUGCAACCUUUUGUAAAUCCUAGAGUAUUUGCAAAUUUAACAAAAAUAUUCAAAAAUGAUUUUUAUAAUUUAAAAAAUAAUAAUGGAAGUAAGAAAUCAAACAAAAAUAACAACGAUUACGAUAAAACAAAUAUGAAAAAAGAUUUAGACAUUGAUUCUAAGGAAUUUGAUGAUUACAUAUCUUCUUUAGAAGAUGAAGCAAAUGAAAAUGCAAAUAACUUUAUUGAAUCAGUAUUUUUAAGUGUUUAUUAUCCUAAUGGAAGAAAAAUUGAAAGAAGGCCAUUAGUUGAUAAUGUCCAAUUAAAGCCACAUCAAGAAGAUGGUGUGGAAUGGUUACUAAAAUCCUUUUUAACAGGAGGUGCUAUUUUAGCAGAUGAAAUGGGUUUAGGAAAAACUAUACAAACUUUAUGCUUUCUUUCUUAUUUAAAAUGCAAUAAAAUUGAUGGACCUCAUUUAAUUGUUGUUCCCCUAUCUACUGUUGGAAAUUGGUUAAGAGAAAUACACAGAUUCACACCUCACCUUACAUGUAUCAAAAUUUGCGGAUCAAAAAAUGAAAGAACCCAUGCUAAAGAAGAUAGAUUAGCAGAAAAGGGAUUAUAUGAUUUAUAUGUAACUACUUACGAAACAGUUAAAAAUGAAGAAGAGUUUUUUGUAGAAACAAUACCUAAAUGGCAAUGUAUAGUAUUGGAUGAAGCUCAUAGAAUAAAAAAUCAAAGUGGUGCUAUUAGGCAUUCUAUGGAUAGGGUGGUAGGAAAUAUGCGAUUAUUAUUGACAGGUACUCCUUUACAAAAUAAUUCCGCUGAACUAUUUACUUUAAUUAAUUUUAUGUUUCCAGAUAUAUUUAAAAACUCCGAAAUAAUAGAGCAAGCAUUUAUGAAUGCAUCACAAAAUAGCAGUAAUCAUAAGAACAGUAAUUUAAAAAAUAAAAAUAGUAAAGACGAAAAAAAUAUUCAGAAUACAAAUAAUAGUGGCAAUUCUAAAUUAAAUGUAGACAUUGGCAAUAUAGAUUUAAAGUCUGCUAUAAAAGAAGAAGAUUUAAAAUCUAUACGUUGUUUAUUAGAUAAAAUUAUGUUAAGAAGGCUAAAAGAACAAGCGAUUACACUUCCUAGAAAAAUUUUCCAUGAUGUUUGGUUACCCUUAGGAAGCUUAUCAGCACAUUGGUAUAAAAGACUCUUAGAUAUUAGAUCUAUGGUAGAGGAAAAAGUUAGCGUAAAAAAAUUAUUAGGUUUAGUUAUAAAAAUGAGAAUUAUAUGUGGUCAUCCAAAAGGAAUUGUUAGCAGACCAACACAGAUGGAAAAGUUAUUUGCAUUUUUUGAAGAAGAGAGUGAAGAAAUUAAAGAGCAAGUUAAAAAUGAUGCAAUAAAAUUAAAAAAUAUUUCGGGGCAAGAACAUAUUGAAUCUUCUUCAAAACUUAUAUUUAUAGAUAAAUUAUUGUGUCAAUUACAUUAUGAAAAUUGUAAAUAUGUUAAAAAUUAUUCCACCAAUUUUGAAAAGCAUAAGAAAGAGGUUGCUGCUUAUACCUAUCACAAAAUUCAAGAACAAAAUAAUGCACAAAAAAAAAAAAGGGAACACUCUGGAAAAUUUAAAAAAAUUGAAGCAUUAGAAAACAGUCCUUUAUUUAUGGAAAUUUAUAAUAAAGGAAAAUUUGAUUUAAAACCAACUUCAGAAAAAGAAGAUUUAUUAAAAAAUUUUAUGCAUACAGUGCCUGUUGAUAAUGAAUGUCCAUAUAAAAAGAAAAGAUGUAUCUAUGAUAAAGUGAAAGAUCUUUUUAAAAAUACCAGUGAUUCUAAUAACAAAAAAAAUAUAUUUUUUAAAGAUGAUAAUAAUGAAAAUGAUCUCUCAGAUGAUCGUUAUAGCUGUAACAAUAUAAAUAAUAAUAUGAAUGAUAAUGAGGAAAAUAAAAAUGAAAGUGAUAAUUGUAUGAAUUCUUCGAAAGAAAAUGAAAGAAAUAAUUUAUUCGAUGAUGAAGAGAAUAAUAGUGGUACUAAAAAAAAUAGUAGAAUCUCUAAUGAUGAUAGUGACGAUGAAGAAUAUACAAAAAAUUAUGAAAGUUUAUCAAAUAAAAAAAAUAAAAAGAAAAAACUUAUUUCAGAGAAAAAUGUUAAUAGUGUGAAUUACAAAAAAAAUAAAAAAGGAAAUAGUAAUAGUUUAUUUGAUAGCAACGAUGAAAAUGAUUAUGAAGAAGAAGAUGGAGAAGAUACCGAUGAUCAGAGUGAAGAGGAAGAUGAAUUAGGUGACGAAGAGUAUAGAGAAAUUGAUGAUGAUGCAAAUAAUAAAAAAAAAAAUAAUAAUAAUAAUAAAAAUGAAGACAAAAAAUUAAAAGGAAGGAAAAUAAAAAGUAGCAAAAAUGAUGAUAAAAUAGUUUCUUUAAAUGAAAAUUGUAAAAUGAUGAAUAUUAGAGAAUUUUUUAAAAAUGAAAAGGAAUUAUCAAAUAAUUCUCAGAAAAAAAAUGAUAAAAAAAAAAUGGAAAAAUAUGAUAUAAAAAAAGAGGAAUCAAAUGAAUUAAAAACAGAAGAAUUAAAGAAAAUAGAAGAAAAUAAGAAAUUAGAAAAUUGUUAUGAAAAUAAAAGAGUAUAUGAAGAAGAAGAAAAAAAAAUAGAUCAAAAAGAAGAUCAAAAUAUGAAUGACAAAUAUAAAAAAGAAGAAGUGAAACAAAAACAAGAGAAAGAAGAAACUUAUGAUAAUGAGGAAAAAAAGAUACCAAUCGAUAAAAAUUGUUCUAAUGAAGAAAAAGAAGAAAACAAUGAAAAAAUGAAAAAAGGGGAAAUAAGAAUGCAUAAGGUGUUAAUAUUUACCCAAUUUCAGUUAGUAUUAGAUGAAUUAGAAGAAUAUUGUAAGUAUAGAUGUUGGAAAUACAUGAGAUUAGAUGGAUCCACUAAUAAAUUAAUAAGAGAAUUAGACAUACGUGAAUUUAAUUUAAGUAAUAGCAUAUAUUUUAUUUACUUAAUCAGUACCAGGGCUGGUGGUUUAGGUAUUAAUUUAACUGCAGCUAAUCAUGUUAUUAUGUAUGAUGAAGAUUGGAAUCCUUUCAUUGAUUUACAAGCAAUUGAUAGAGCACAUAGAAUAGGACAAAGGAGGGAAGUAAAUGUUUGGAAAUUGAUGACUGAAUGGACAGUCGAAGAAAGAAUGGCAUUUAGAAGAGAACAAAAAUUAAAAUUAGAUAAAUUAGUUGUUCAAACACAAGAUGAUGAAGACUUAUUAGACAAUUUUGAAGAGAAGUUAUCAUCUGAUGAAAUAAGAAAAUUAAUGUUACAUGGAAAAGCAGCUAUACAAAAUAUGAAUGUAGAAAAUACUAAUGAUUUCUCUUUAGAGUUUUUUAUUGAAAGAGGACGAAGAAAAUUACCUAUUGUAAAUGGAGUAGAUUUAGAAAAAGAAGAAAAAUGUACCAUAGAAGAGGAAAUAAACAAUAUAAAUGAAAAUGAUGUAUAUAUAGAAAAAGAUGAAAUUGCUGAUACACAAAAUAUUGAAGAUGAUAACGCAAUUGAUAUAGAUGAAGUCAUGAUAGAUGAAGCAGAAGAACCUGAAAUUAGACACAAUAAUACAGUUUUAACCGAUUGUAGUCCAACAUAUGCAGAAGGAAAUGAUCAGUUAUAUUUAAAUAAUCUUAAUAAAUCAAAAACCUCUCUUUCAAAGGCUAACACAAAUACCAAUCAAUUUGCAUCAAAUAAUUUGGGUAGUGAUACAACAUUAUGGAGAUCCGUAAGAGAAAGAAAAAAACCGCAAAAUAUGUAUACACCUGAAUAUUGGGGAAGAAAACAAGAAGUAAAACAAAUAAAACAUGAAUAUAGGUGCUUUAUAUGUAAUAAUACAAAAAAUUACAAAACUAUUGUUAAGGAUAGAAACGGAAAUGAUAUAGAAAUAGAUUAUGGAGAUAUGAUAAAUUGUUUUCGUUGCCCUAAAACUUAUCAUAAAUUAUGUGAAGGAAUAAAAGAUGAAAAUGUAAAAAAAACUUGGACAUGCAGUUGGCACGAAUGCUGCUUAUGUUUUAGAAAGUCAUCGCAAUGUGGUAAUUUAUUAAUACAUUGUGCUACUUGUCCUACUAGUUUUUGUUAUAAUUGUUUUCCUCCAGAUUAUGUAAGAUAUUAUGUUGGAGAAGAAUAUUAUCAUAAUUUACGUCAGAGAGGAGUUAAUUUUACACCCCAGAAUUGGGUGUGCUUUUUAUGCUCUAAAUGCAAAGCUGUAGAAGAACAAAAGAAAAGAAGAAAAAUGACUAAGGAAGAAAGAGAAAAUGAAAAACAAUUACAAAAAGAAUUAAGAAGUCAACUACAAGAUAGUAAACAAGAAGAAUUAGAAGCAAAAAAAAGAAAAAGAGCUCAGCAAAUUGAAAGAGAUAAAUUUAUUAUAGAAAACAGAAAAAGAAUAGAUGCUUUGGAUCAGAAAUAUGAAACUCAACUAAGAAAUGCAUAUGAAAAUUUAUUCCCAGUUAAUUUUGUUAAAGAAUUAGUUAAUAGAAUAGAACAUGCAAAAAUGUUAAAACAAAAGGGAAUUGAUGAGGAUAAUAAAGAAGUUAAUAAAAAAAAAUCUACUACAUUUUUACAUACAAAAUUGCCACAUAAACUUUUAGUUUUAUGUGAAAACUGUAAAUUACCUUGCCAUGCUAAUUACAAAUAUCCAGGCAAAUGUUGUUUCCCAUUAGAGUUAGAUAAGUCUUACUUUUAUGCUAAUUCAUCAUUUAAUCAAUCCAAUAAAGAUAGUAAUGACAAGAAAAUAACAGCGAAAAACGACGCAUCUAAUGAAAUUAAAGAUAAAGAAGAAAAAAAAGAAGAAGAAAAUAAUAAUUUAGAAAAAGAAUGUGAAAGUAAUACAAAAGAAAUCAAAAAUGUAAAAGAAGAGAAUGAUAAUAAAAUAAAUGAAAAAGGAGAUGAACAGGAAAAUACAAAUAAAAAAUCAACAUGCAGUUUGAAAAUAGAAAACAAAAAAAGUGACGAAGAUAUCACCUUAAAUAAUUCAUUAACUUACAAAAAUAGUAAAGUUAUUAGUACUAAUGAUGAUGAAAAUAAGUAUUUUAAAGAAGCAGCUGAUAUAAAAAAUAAAAGUGAUCAUAGCAACAAUCAAAAUAAUUCUACAAAUGAAAAUGUAAAAUGCGAAAAAGAAGGCAAACAAGACAAUAAUAAUAAUAAUAAUUAUUAUGAAAAAGAAGAAAAUAAAGAAAAUGGAGGAGAAAAUGAAGAGGAUGAUUUUAAUGAGAAAAAACAAAAUAAAAUAGAAAAAACUAGCAGUGAGGAGAAAUGCAAAAAUAAUUCAAAUGAAAAUAUUAAAGUCAAUAUUGUAAUAAAUGAAAAUGAAAUAAAAACAGAAAACAAUGAUAAUAAUAAAAUAACUACACCUAAUAACAAUGAUAAUAAUUCUAUAUCUAAUUCAAAAGGAAAAACCAGAAGAUUUUUAAGAGCUGUCUGCUCAAAAUGUGGUACUGUACAACUAGGAAAAUUAGCCCACUUUAGAAAACAUUGUGAUAAGCUAACAGAAGAAGAAAAAAAUGAAUAUGAAGAAAAGAGAGAAAAAUUAAAACAAUUAAUUGAUCUAUUGAAUAGGAAAAAAAUUGAAGAUGAACAUACGGAAGAAGAAUAUAAAAAUAUGUCUAUUUUUAAAUUCAAAAGCCUAUAUAAUUAUUUUCAGGAUAAAGCAGAUGAUAUAUUAGAAGAAUGCAUUCGAGAAAUGAAAUGGGAUAUUUUAAUAUCUAGUAAAAAGAAAGUGGUAAAAAAGGAAAAGGAAUCAAAAAAAAAUUAUAACAAAAACGAGGAGGAUAAAAAUGAAGAUAAUAUAAAUUCUAAUUCAAAAUCUAAAUUAACUCACCUUUUAUAUAGUCAACCAUUAACAAUAAGCUCUGAUUGUUCAGAAACAAAAGACAUCAUAGAAAUAAAAAGUGAUAUAACAGAUGAAAUGAGGGAAAUAAUAAAUGAAGAAAUUUCAUCAUUUACAGGAAAAAGAAAAAAAAAUUCAAAGAAUACAAAAAAAGUAAAAAAAAAAAAAAUAAAUGAUAACAAUAUAGAAUCAAAUGUAAAUAAUUUACAAAAUGAAAAUGAGUUACAAAACUUAAAUUUAAUUGUAAAUCCGUUUCAUGAGCAACUUAUUAAAGACACUCAUAAUGUAAAUUUCAUAAGAGAAUCAUUCAACGAUGAAUUUUUAAACAAAGCUAAAGAAUUUCUUAGGGUAACAAAAAGUAAAUUAUUAAAUAACUCUUUCUCUGAAAGUAGUGAUGCAGAAAUAUUAGGAUCUUCUGAAAAUAAUAAAAAAUUAAAUCAAGAUGAUAUAGAAAAAUCGAUUAUUCAAGACUAUCUUAACAAAAUGAAAAAUUCAUUUACUGAUAGUAAUUCAUAUACAAAUAAAAAUAAUUUUAAUGAUAAUUUAAACGAAUUAAAUUAUACAAGUUCAUGCGUAAAUGAUAAAGAAAAUAUGAAUGAUUACAGAAAUGAUUUAUAUAAAAAUUCAUAUGAAAAUACUAAUUAUUGCAUCUGCUCAAGCAAAUCUAACUCAUGUAAUAAGCACCCUCCUUCUAAUACAAGCAAAAGUAAUGAAAAGAUAGAAGAGUUUAAUAGAAAUUCAAGUUAUUCUUUAAAUGAUUUUAAUACUGAUAUUUAUAAUAUUGAUAAAAAUAUUCAUUCAGAAGAAAUAGAGAAGAAGCUGUUAAAUUUAUGUGCAAAAACAAAUUUAAUGAACAAAAAUGAUUUUCAGAAUGAUAGCAAGGAAGAGAAAAGUAUUAUAAUAGAAGAUGAAAAUAAUUUUCUUUUAAAUAAAAAUGAAAAAAUUUUUCAAAAAAGUAAAGUUUCACUAGAUGAUAGCGUUGAUUAUGAUAUUAAAAAAAUAACAAAUAGUUCAGAGGCAUGUGGUGCAAAUAAAGUUCAAGAAUAUAUUCUGUAUAGAAGGAAAAAAAACAGUAAUAGCGCUAAUUCGAGUAAUAUGAAUGAUAAUAUUGAAAAUGAUAAUAACAAUAAUACAAACGAUGAUAAUUUGUUAGAUAAUGGUGAUAAUAUAUUUCAGCAUUUAAAUUUGGAUGAUGUAAAAAAUUUUUUAAAAAGUGCUGAAUUAAAUAAUGAAAAGCUACCUGAAAUAAAUUAA